AUGCACGGACUGCACACGAGUCCGAGGGCGCACGCCAGGGAAGAAUUGCGCGCGGGCGCACAGACGCCCACACCCACCCAACCAUACAAUGCCACAUGGCUGGCACCGCCAUACCGGCCACCCUCCGCGGCGGGGGUGGCGGGGGCCCGGGCAGCAACCCCAGAAACGCCAGAAUGCCCCCCGGCCCAGCCCCUGUUCCGGCGUUCAACACCCUGCCCCGGCACCCCAGAACCCCAAGGCACAGACCCGACGCCCCGACGCAAGGUCAACCCGCCCCACCCGGUGGUGCGCCCGCAGCGGCGCAAGCCAUCCCCGCACGGGCAGGGACCCAGCAUGGGGUCGGGCGGCUCCAAGGCAUCGGGCCCCGCCACCAGCCCCGGAGGGGAGGCCAGCUACCCCACCCAGGGCCUGCACCCGCCCUCCACGCGUCCCCGGACCUGCACCCGAGGCAAAACGGCGGCGCCCCCCGAGCCCCCACCCAUCCACCACCAACCAGGGCAAGCACACAGACACCCCAGGUCAGCCGCCGAGGCCCCCCAGCUUACUCAGGAAGUUACCGACACAAGCAGUCAUCCCAGAGUCAAUUCCCAGCCACCAACUAGGCCACCCGGGAGAUGA